UUGAAUCUGACAACUCUCACGACAACCUCACCUUCUCCAUCCCACAUUACCACACACAUUUUCCCGCUCGCCAGACCAUACCAAAUCACUCUACACACAUCCACAGCUCAGACCAAACCGCCAAAAUGCAUUUGAUGUACGUCCCCGCCAAGAACGCCGACGGCAAGCCGCUCGCGCGCCAGUACACCCUCAAGAAGGUCCUCGACGGUCAGGUCACCAAGAGCGCCCACCCCGCUCGCUUCUCUCCCGACGACAAGUGGUCUCGUCACCGCAUCACUCUCCGCCGCCGUUUUGCGACUAAGUUCCAUGUCAAUGCCGCCACCCGUCUUUUGUUCGCGUCCGGCGCGAGACUCGUCGCCCCGGACGAUGUCGACACCCACAACAACCUUGUUAAGAUGAUGGAAGACGAAAAAGACAAUUUCAGGAGAAAAACCGACAACUACAAGUUCAACGUCAAGGCCGCCGUCUUCUCCUAUAUGUUGGACCAACACAUGCUCAAGCAGGAGAACAAUUUCGACAAGAAGAUCAAGGCCAUGCUCGAGGCCAAUCACCCGGACGAGUACUAUCUGGACCAGUACUACAAGAUGGUCAAGAACAUGGAGAACUAAGCCGUUUUCAACAAAAAGGACGGCAACGCUCGCGGUAGCUACAUGAAGUAGUUGACCAACAACCUUCUCUUCUUGUCCGCCUAUCUGCUGUGCUCGACCAGUUUGUUCUUGCUUCCACGACCACGACCUCGUUUUUGGCCGCUGCUCUCCUGCAGCGUUAGCAUUUUAUUAUCCCGUUGGAUCUUCAAUCGAACCGAUCGUUGGCAGACGGUUUUCUUCCCUACUUGCAACAAUUUGGAAGUGGAAAUUGGCAAUCCACGACGACCGGGGGGCUUGCUUUGGUUUCAGAUAAUGACACACAAGACAAUGAUGGCAACCGACAGCAGCAGCGGCGGGAUGGCAACCGACUGACUGAACUGGCUUGUUUCGGAUUCUCUGGAUCCCGGAGAAACACCUUUCUGAUGCUUGAUCUAUAUUGCAUGUUUUUUUUUUUCUUUUCU